AUGUCCACCAAUCAACGGCCUCCAGCCCAAUACAUCUCGAUCCCGACAUACUCCCGCCACCCCAAACCAGCCACCGGCGAAGAUGGCUUCUUCAGCCAGACACUCUCGUCCGCAAUCACAAUCCCAACAGUGCGCACUUUCAGACUUGAGCAUCUCCAGCCUAAUCUGCCCUCCCAGCCUCCCGUAUGGCCGUCGCCAACUGCACCCCCGCAACUGAUCCCCGUUCCCGGCGCGGAUCUGUUGAUGCGCCUUGAUCUUGCUAGCCCCGGGGUUUGCGGCCACCCGGCCACGGCCCACGGAGGGGUUCUGGCUACUGUGAUUGAUGAAGCGAUGAGCUUGGGUGUUACGCUUUAUGCGCCGGAGGCGGGGGAGCAGUGUGACCCCGCUGCUGCUGCUGCAGGGGGCGCACCUGGCGCUAGGAUUCGGUCAAAGAUGUUCACGUCGCAAUUGGAUGUGCGGUAUAAAAGGCCUGUUUCGGUGCCCGGCGAGAUUGAGGUUAGGGUCAGGGUGCUGGCGAAACAAGGGAAGAAACUCUGGGUCAAGGCGCAAGUUAUUCAGGAUGGGAAGAUCACAGUUGAUGCGAUGGCGUUCUGGCUGUUGACUUUGGCUGUGAAAAGCGUUCUGUAG